CGGACUGCAGUCGGAGGGAGAGCCGCUCCCGUCAGCGUCCGACAUGGCGGGUGUCCACCGCGAGCUGCAGGAGUACCUGGCGCAGGGGAAAGCCGGCGGGGCGGCCGCCGAGCCGCUGCUCGCCGCGGGGACGGCGGAGGAGCCCGCGGCGGGGGCGUGGCUGGGCCGCGCGGGCCUGCGCUGGGCGUGGGCGCGGAGCCCCGCGGAGCCGGAGGCGGGCCCGGCGGUCCUGCCGACCGUGACGCGCGCGCAGCGGCUGGUGGCGGCCGGCGCGUGCCUGCUGCUGGCCGCGCUCUGCUUCGGCCUGGCCGCGCUCUACGCGCCCGUGCUGCUGCUGCGCGCCCGCAAGUUCGCGCUGCUCUGGUCGCUGGGCUCGGCGCUGGCGCUGGCGGGGGCCGCGAUCCUGCGGGGCGGCGCGGCGUGCGGGCGCCUGCUGCGCGGCGAGGAGGUGCCGUCGCGGCCCGCGCUGCUCUACGCGGCGGCGCUGGGCGUCACGCUGUACGCGGCGCUGGGCUUACGCAGCACGUGGCUCACGGUGCUGGGCGCCUGCGCGCAGGUGGCCUCGCUGCUGGCCGCGCUGCUGGCGCUGCUCCCGCGAGGCUCCGGGCCCGCGCUGCGCCUGGCGCUCGGGCGGUGGGGCCCGGGCGCCCGCCUCGUCCAAGCGCUGCCGGUGUAGGAGCCGGGCGUCGCCGC